UUUGUAUCGCAUUUUCAUAGUCAUUGUCAUAGUACGUUUUACUUACGGCUAUUUACUUUCUAUCGACAGAAUUAAAAUUAAUUUAUUAAUUUCUUACAAUAAAUUAAAUAUAAAACAAUAUGUUCCGGAAUCAGUAUGACAGUGAUGUCACAGUGUGGAGCCCUCAGGGCCGUCUUCAUCAAGUCGAGUAUGCAAUGGAGGCAGUUAAACUCGGUUCAGCAACUGUCGGGUUAAAAAAUAAACAGUUUGCUGUGUUGAUUGCCUUGAAAAGAGCUGUAAGUGAACUGUCUGCAUAUCAGAAAAAGAUUAUUCCUAUUGAUGACCAUAUUGGUAUUUCUAUAUCAGGCUUGACAGCUGAUGCUCGUAUGUUGAGCCGAUUUAUGCGUACAGAAUGUCUGAACCAUCGGUAUGCUCAUGAUGCACCAAUGCCAGUGGGCAGACUGAUUGCACUAGUGGGCAACAAGAUGCAAAUUUGCACACAGCGAUAUGACAAACGACCUCUUGGUGUUGGUCUGUUGGUUGCUGGUUAUGAUGACCAAGGCCCUCACAUUUACCAGACUUGUCCCUCAGCAAACUACUUCGACUGCAGAGCCAUGGCUAUCGGAGCCCGGUCGCAGUCUGCCAGAACAUAUCUUGAGAAACAUCUCAAUACUUUCGUGGACUGUGACCUCCAGGAGUUAGUGGCCCAUGGUCUGAGGGCUUUAAGAGAUACACUGCCGAAUGAAGUGGAUCUUAACACAAAGAAUGUGUCAAUAGCGAUUGUUGGCCCUAAAACGUCCCUGCAGAUUUGCGAAGAGGCUGAACUGACUCGAUUCUUGUCUCUGGUGGAGGGUGAAGAGAGACGUGGAGGCGGCACUGCUACUGGCGACGCUGGGGCAUCGGGGGCAGACAGGGACCCCACGGGGGACGAGAGGGACCCACAAGUAGCAGUGGCGAUGGACACGGAAUAAACAUAGACCGGUUACAGUCCACAGCUAACGAGGAUUCAGUGAAAUCGGAUCCACUUAGCUUCCAUCCUUCAGUCUGCAAGUGGGCUGAUGCGUACAGUCUUUUUUUACCUUCCUUAAGUCACCUCAAAGAUCUGCCUUGGCCAGUGUUUAAGUCUAUAUAUUUUGUAUGACCUUAUUGAUUAUGUUUUUGUAUGACUUUCAAGUCCAGUCGGAUUUAUCCGACAAAUAUUAGUUGCCGGAUUUUCUGACUUUUUUUCUUUAGGCUGCCUACUACAUUAAUACAAUAAGUAAAAUAUAGUCCAAAUAUAUAUGUUUACAAUACUGUAUAAAUUUUGAAAAAAUAUGAAACACCUGAAACAUGUGCUUAUAAAAUUUUAGUGUCUUCCUCGAUUUCCUUGGUAUCCCAUCAUCAGACCCUAACUUUGUGACAAUAGACUUGGUACUGUCAGUAUAAGAGUAUACUGUGUCGAAUAAAAAAAUUAUGAAAUCGGUCUACAAUUAACGAAGAAAUCGGUGGACGUACAUAAAAAAAAAUGUAAAAUCGAAUAUACAUAACCUCCUCCUUUUUUGAAGUCGGUUAAAAAUUACUUUUCAUAGAAUUAUAAAAAAAAAAGAAUUAUAUUACAAUAUAUAACCCAUUUAAAAAGUUAAAAUCGUGGGCCAAAGUACUAGUUUCUGUUAGAGCUAUAAAUGUCUAAAAUUAAUAAUAAAUUAUUUAAUUUGAUAAUUAUUUAAACAUAACUAUAUCAAAAUGUUUGCAAUAUCAUGAAAUAGCCAAUUAAGAUAAAUGGAUACACUAAUUAUUUCCUUCAAAAGGUUACGUUAGUGAACUUAUUAUAAAUACAAGAAAGCACAUAGUAGAAAUAAUUUAUUGAUUGUGCUAAACAUUUCUUUCGGAUAUCGCAGGGGAUUCCCGCGUCUCUCUUGUAAUCGCCAAUAAAACGGGUUCAGCAGUUAAAGUAAUAAAGACGUUGAGUCAUUGUACACAUUGUUGAACUAUGUAAUAAAAUUCUACAUACGCGAUGUCUAUUUCUGGAACGUGGAAUAUUUAAGAAAAAUUCGUAUAAGGGAUAUUAAUAGGAGUAAUAGAAGUCAAAAUAAUAAUUUUAAGUAAUUUCUAAGCAAGUCUGUCUGUAUAUUUGUUCCGGCAUCACGGAAAAACGGCAAAGUCGGCCAGCUCGAAUUAUUGAUAAUCAGCGCCUUACUGUCCGACUCGACCCACUGAAAUUGCGCAGAGAUGUUGCAUCUCUGUGCAUCUUCUACCGAAUUUAUCAUGGGGAGUGCUUUAAGGAGUUGUUUGGGCCUGCUGCUGAUUUUCACCACCUUACAACCCGCCAUAAACUAAAGUUUCAUUCCAACCAUUUGGACGAGUGGCGGUCCUCCACCGUGCGUUUUUCAAGGCACUUUGUUCCACACACGACCACUCUUUGUAAUCAACUUCCAGCAACAGUAUUUCCGAACCGAUAUGACAUCGUAACCUUCAAGAAAAGAGCAUAUUCCUUUUUAAAAGGCCGGCAGCACACCUGCAAUGCCGUUAGUGUUGUGGGUGAUCAUGGGCGGCGGUAGUCACUUACGAUCAGGUGAGCCGCAUGCUCGUUUGCUCCAUGUGUUGUAAACAACAAUCUAUGCAUCAAUUUGGAUGUGUUUUUAAAUAGUUGCGUUCCUAAAGGCCUAAUAUAAAAAUUAAUUCUAAUACGCCAUCCAGAAAUGAUCUAUUUCAUUGUCUUUUUACUUCUGAAAUCUAUACGUAAAAAGAAGCGGGCAUAAACCUAGCCAUCAUCAUCAUAUCAGCCGCUAUCUGGGGUCGUUCUACGCUGCGUUUGCCAAUACGGGGUCGCCACUCAAAAGCCUUCGUCAUCGGUUAUCGGUUCCUCGCUAUGCGACCAGUCCAUUGCCACUUCAGUUUACCUUUCCUUCGGGUUAUUUCGGUCACUUUAGUCGUGCUGAUAUCCUCAUUUCGUAGUUUAUCGUGGAAAGAAACUCCCAGUAUAGCACACUCCAUAUCUUGCUAAGUAACUUAACCACUUAAUGCGAGGGUUUUUCUGUGAAAUGAGCUCAACUGGCGCACUGGUGCACACGCUAAAUAUUAUUAUUAUUACGCUAGAUAUAAUUUUUUACAAAUCUAUCUUUUUUAACGCGCCACCUACCUACUUAUGCUUUAAUCCUUUCUACCCAAAGGUUGUCUGGAAGAGAUUGCUUAGCAAUAAGACCGCCUUUUGUACUACACUAUACGUAUUGAAAAUUGUUUUAACAAAACAUGUUAUGUUGGUGCAAUAAAGUGUUAAAUAAAUAAAU